AUGCAUAUAGAAAAGAACAUUUGUGAUAAUGUUCUUUUCUCAAUAUUAGGAGUUGCUGGAAAGUCUAAGGACAAUUUGAAUUCUCGUCGUGAUCUGGAACUUAUGGGAAUUAGGGAGCAGUAUCAUCUAAAGAGGAGAGAGUCCGGUACAGAGUAUGCUGAUCCAGCUGAGUUUGAGAUGAACAAUAAGGGGAAAGAUAUCUUCUUUUCAGCCUUAUCAGGAUCACGAAUGCCAGAUGGAGCUGCUUCCAAUAUUGCACGUCGAGUACGUUUACAUGAUCGUAGUAUUGGAGGUCUUAAGAGCCACGAUAACCAUAUUCUAUUGCAGCAACUUAUUCCUUUAUUUAUACGAAGUUCUUUACCAGAGAAUGUGGUUCAGGCAUUGAUUGAUCUGGGUAGUUUUUUUAAACAGUUAUGCUCAAUGGAUAAUUGUGCAGCAGAUCUAGAAAAGGCUCGUGCUCAUAUAGUGCUGACACUUUGUGAACUUGAGAAGAUAUUUCCGCCAUCAUUCUUUGAUAUAAUGGAGCAUUUACCAAUUCAUUUAGCUGAUGAAGCAUUAAUUGCUGGUGCUGUAAUUUUUCGGUGGAUGUACCCUAUUGAGAGGUAUCUACUGACCUUGAAGGAAUAUGUGCGGAAUCGGGCUUGUCCUGAAGCAUCAAUGGCUAAAGGUUAUUUGAUGGAAGAGUGCAUGAACUUCUGUACUCAGUAUCUCAAUGAUGUGGAAAGCAAGUUUAAUAGACCAGCAAGGAAAAAAAAUGAUGACGAUAUAAACAAGGGAAAAGACUUUGUACUUGAGGAAAUUACUCGGACACAAGCUCAUCGAUGGAUCUUAUUCCAUACAGAGGCAGUCACACCAUUUCUCAAUGAACAUCUUAUUACUAUUCGACGACAAUUUCCUGCUGCAAAUGAACACUAUGUUCAGAGAGUUCAUUUUCGGAAAUUUGCAAACUGGUUUAAGGAGCAUGUUAUCAAUUUGCAAAGAACAAGUUCUGUAUUGUUAUCAGAAGAAGUUAUUGCUUUGUCUAAUUCUCCUAGUCCAUCAACAAAGAGAUUGACUUCUUACAAUGCGAAUGGGUUUUUCUUUCGAGUGAAAAGUCUUGAUAAUCAUCGCUCAACACAGAAUAGUGGUGUAACUUUACAAGCAGACAAGAAUCUUUCUAUUGACUCUUCACCAUACUAUGGGAGAUUGACAGAUAUUAUCAAAAUCUCUUAUGGUAUUGAUAUCAAAUAUGUUUUGUUUAAGUGUGAUUGGGUUAAUCCUGCUACAGGUAUAAAGUUAGACCAUUUUAACUUUCCUUUAGUUAACUUCAAGCGUUUGUUGUACAAAAAUGAUUGCAUAGGGGAUGAACCCUUCAUAUUGGCAUCUCAAGCUCAUCAAGUUUGGUAUGCUCUAGAUCCUUCAGGGCAAGAAUGGCUGAACGUUGUUGACAUGCCUUCAAGAGACUUAUCCCUUGUGCAAACUAACAAUACUGAAGAAGCUGGUAUUUCAAGCGAGUCAAUGGAUGUUGAAAUGGAUGAUUGA